CGGAGGACCAUGUUUGUCCCCCUGCCGGUGCCCUUCGUCUUUCAGAGAACUGUGUCCGACUUCAGCGCCUGGAGACUCAAGUCGUCGCCGGCUCCGCGGGCCAGCCCCGAUAUCAGGAUGUCCAAAGCAGAGGAGGAGAAGGCCGGGCCGGACGUUCCCGGCGACGGCUCAGAGUCGGACAGAAACAGUCCCGACGGCCAGUUGGCGCCGAUGGAGGGCGGCCCGUUCCGCCUCUCGCCCGCAAGGUGGGCGUGGGCGUGGGCGUGGGCGUGUGCGUGUGCGUGUGUAAAGGCGGAAGAGAGUUGCGAGACGAGCCGCAGCGCCGUGCCGCCAUCGUCACAGCAGCAGGCGCAGGUGCAGCAGCAGCAGGCACAACUGAUGCUGGCCGGGAGCCAGCUGGCAGGGCUGGCCGCGCUCCUGCCGGCCCAGCAGCAGCUGCUCCUCCAGCAGGCGCAGGCUCAGCUCCUGGCCGCCGCCGUCCAGCACCAACAGCAGCAGCAGCAGCAGCAGCAGCAGCAGCAGAGCCAUUCAUCUCAGCAGCAGUUGCAGUUCCAGCAGGCCGCCAAGCCGGAAGUGACUGUUCGAGCUCCUCCUCCUCCUCCGCCGCCUCAGCUGGCCCUCUCUCAGCCGAUCCAGCUCACGGCGCAGGACAUCCAGCAGCUGCUGCAGCUCCAGCAGCUGGUUCUCAUGCCGGGCCACCCGCUCCAGUCCCCGGCCCGGUUCCUCCUGUCGCAGCCGCCCCCCCGCGCUCAGCAACGACAGCAACAAGCUUUGCUCUCCACACCAAAUUUCAUCCAGCUACCUCAGCAAAGCUCGGCGGGCGUGCUGACACCGCCGCCGCCGCCGCCGCCCCGCCCGGGCCCCCGGGCACAGAGGGAGAAGAGCAGCGAGUUCAGCGGAAGCAUCGGCGCCUCGGUGGCGUCCACGGGCGGCGGCGCGGCGGCAUCGACGGUGGGCUCCUCUUCCGGCUCCUUGAACUCCGCCUUGACCCCCGGGGGUCACGUCGGGCACCUCGGAGACGAGCCCAGCGAUCUGGAGGAGCUGGAACAGUUUGCUCGCACGUUCAAGCAGCGUCGCAUCAAGCUGGGAUUCACACAGGGCGACGUGGGUGUCGCCAUGGGCAAACUGUACGGCAACGACUUCAGCCAGACGACCAUCUCGCGCUUCGAGGCCCUCAACCUGAGCUUCAAGAACAUGUGCAAGCUCAAGCCUCUGCUGGAGAAGUGGCUCGGGGACGCAGAGAGCAUGGCAGUGGACAGCAUGCUGCCCAGCCCCUCGUCCAUCUCCUCCCCCCUGAUGGGCUUGGAGGGUCUGGCGGGCCGGCGCCGGAAAAAGCGCACCAGCAUCGAGACCAACGUGCGCGUGGCGCUGGAACGCAACUUUAGCGCGAACCAGAAGCCGAACUCGGAGGAGAUCCUGCUGAUGGCGGAGCAGCUCAACAUGGAGAAGGAGGUGAUCCGCGUGUGGUUCUGCAACCGGCGGCAGAAGGAGAAGCGCAUCAACCCGAGCGGCAGCGGCACGCCGCCUCCGCCCGGCAGGACCUCGCCGGCCGUCACGCACAAAACCCCCUGCUACGGCCCGCACGUGGUACGGACCCUCGCCCUUUGCCGGGCCCCUCCGGUUCUGCCCUUUUCAACCUCGCUCUCUCGGCAGAUUUCCAGUCCGGGUGUGCCCCAGGGCAGCGGCAGCCUCAGCACAACAGCUGCCACUUUGUCGCCGUCGCCCGUCAGCUCCGUGGCAGCGGGGUCCACUUCCUCUUCUUUAACUCCACCCCCUCACAGCACAGCUAGCCCCGCCCCUCCCGGUCCGGGGACUCACGGGCUCAACGCCGGGAACACGCUGAUGGGAGUAAGCACAGGAAUGAACCAGGCGUUCAUGGGCAGCAAUGCACUGGCUACCAUGCAAGCGCUGGCAGCGAGCGGCGGUCAGCUGUCAAUCGUGGAGGCGGGAGCGGGUCACAUGAUUCUGGGCGGCGGGCCCGGCGGGGUGCCGCCCUCGCUGCGCCCCUCGCUCUUCCUCAACCGCCCGGCGCUCCUGCCCGUGGUGACGGGCUCCAUCUCCAUGGCGGCGGCGUCCCCGCCCUUCGCGCGGUCGCCUCCCACCGGCGCCGCCCGCCUCCCGGGCCCGCCCUCCUGCCCCGACCACUCCCCCUGCUCCAGCCCCGCCUCGUUCUGUUCCUUCGGCGAGGCCUCGCCGCCGCCCCUGGGCGGGACCACGGGCGAGUGA